AAGGUCAGCCGAAGUCACGUUACUACGAAAGCUCAAAGCGCCAAAGCAAGAAAGCUUCUCCCGACAUUUUUCUAGCACGAAGACUCUGAAAUGGUCUGGAAAAUGUAAGAAAUGGUUUAGAAAACUGUUGCCAAUGGCUUGAGGAAGACUUGAAACUUGUCUAAAGACCACUUCGUCUGGGGAAGGCUUGGAAAUGAUGGGGAGAAGCUUUCGUAUUUGUCGCUUUGAGCCUUCGUAUAUAACUCUCACAGCAGAAUGUAAACAUCAGCAGAUCGCUAGCGGAACUGUGUGGGGUUUGUUUGCACAUGUGCUUCAAACGUUCUCUUCUGGAUUGCAUGUGCGAGGCUUGCAUCCUCCGACUGACAAGUUUACGUUCCACACAACAUCAUGGCAAAGCUGGUGGCCACCAUCACUGUUGUCAUCCUUGCUGUGGUUGGGCAGCACAUAUGUAGGUUCAUCCUGACACUGAACCCCUUCCACCACACCUACAACCACUCUCCUGGGCCCUGUCAACAUGUACCGGGGAUCACCACUGGAAGUGAAGAUCUCGCACUGACAUCCUCGGGACUCGUCUUCAUAUCAUCUGGUCCUGGCGACAAACGUGGGAAACUUUUCACGAUAGACCUUAACAGCCCUGUUAUUAAAGCUUCUCAAGUUUCCAUCCAACCAGAAAGUUUUAGGGACAACUUUGUGGCAUUUGGAAUCAGCAUCUAUGAAUAUCCAGACAGCAAAGAGAUCCGACUGUUUGUUGUGAACUUCAAAAGUUUUGAGAUUGAAACUUUCCGCUAUGAUUCUUCUACAAACACUGCAUACCACAUCAAGACCAUCAAGCAUUCUCUUAUUACAUCACCCAAUGAUAUUGUAGCCACUGGACCAGAGAGCUUUUACGUUACCAACAUGUCCUUUUUCUCCAAUCUCGUUCUUGUCGCAUUUUCCUUACUGACAUUUCUUCCAGUCAGUUCUGUUACCUACUACGAAAACGGGGAAGCCAGGACGGUUGCUGACGGUAUAAAAUUUGCCAAUGGUAUUAACAUGUCACCAGAUGGUCAGGUGGUCUAUGUGGCUAGUCCUUUUGAGGGGGGGAUCAAGGUGUAUCACCGACAGUCGGACAAUUCUCUGGAAUUCAAAAACGACAUAACAGUGUAUUCGGGGGUGGACAAUAUUAAUGUGGAUCCAACAUCUGGUAGUAUGUGGAUUGGUACACAACCCAGUCUCUGGCAAGCAAUGGUCUUAAAGUCGCCUGGGUCACAAGUGUUUGAAGUAAAACAUGCAGAGUCCAGCAAUCCGGUUGUCACCAGCAUUUAUGCAAAUGAGGGGGAUGAGUUGGGUGGGUCUAGUGCAGCUGUGUAUCAUAAAGGCCACCUGCUGGUUGGUACUGUUAGUUCCAAGCUGCUGCAUUGCCAAGUGAACAUUCCUGUUUAACUAUAUAUAUGAGUUUAAUUGUAUUGAUGUUUGUCUGUUUGAACUUGGAAUAAAGUUAUAAUAACA